AUGGCUUUAAAUUAAGUAUAACUUGGUAUUAUUAAUCUUUCUAAAUUGCUUAUUGAUGAAAGAAUACAAAAAAUUUAUCUUAAUUUGGAAUUAAUAUUUUAUUAUUAAAUAUUGGAAGAGUAUUUGGCAACUAAAAAACGCCAAAGUUAGUUCUUGAAACAUUACUUGAUUAAGAAACGCUUUAAGCUUAUUUUUAAUAAAAUUUGUCAGAUAUUGACAAACAAUAUUCUUAAGCUAAAUGCUAAAUUUUUUCUUAUAAGUUAGUAGCAUUUUAUUUAAACAAAUCUAUCUUAUUUUAUUAAAUAUUUUCUUUUCCAUUUUUGUAAAAUUCUGUCUCUUAUUACAAAACACUUUUAGAAAAUUAGAUAAAAUCACUUGAUAAAUCAUUAGAGUUUUUUAAAAAAAAUCCUAAAAGAAUUUCCUUUUUGUUGA